AUGCAGUUCACACUCUCCUCUGUCCUCGUUAUCUCUGCGGUCGUCCUCGAGACACUGGCAGGGACAUGGUCGAUCGGCGACACGUACAUUGGACAGGACUUCAUGAACUCCUGGGCGUUCGAGGCUGAGGCCGACCCUACGGGAGGCAGAGUAACAUACGUCGACCAGUCCACGGCUGUGGCCGACAACCUGACCUACGUAUCGUCCGAUACGCUGAUCAUGCGCGUCGACGAUACGACAGUGCUGUCGAGCAGUGGCGCCGGGAGGAACAGUGUCCGCAUCAAAAGUAACACGGCGUACGACUACCACGUUGUCACCAUCGAUGUGCGACAUAUGCCCGAGGGCUGUGCUACCUGGCCGGCAUUCUGGGAAACAAACGACAGCGACUGGCCAUCUGGUGGUGAAGUCGACAUCGUGAGUGUGAACUCCGUCUCUCCGAACUUGGUCUCCUUGCACGUAGGCAGCACCUGUUCGAUGCCCUCGUCUCGGGCAGAGUCGGGAACACCCCAGUCGAACGACUGCAACAUUAACACCGACGGCAACUCUGGAUGCGGCGUCGAAAACCCCACGACAAACAGCUUCGGUCCUGACUUCAACAGUGCUGGCGGAGGCUGGUAUGCCAUGGAGCGCACUUCGUCGGCGGUCAGUGUCUGGUUCUGGUCCCGCACCGACAGCAGCGUUCCCUCGGACCUUUCUAGCGGGGCAAGCUCAGUCAACACCGAUAACUGGGGCACUCCCGCGGCCUAUUUCCCGAACACAGACUGCGAUCUCUCCUCAGUCUUCAGCUCCAACAAUAUCAUUUUCGACAUCACGCUUUGCGGAGACUGGGCGGGUCAGAGCUCCGUCUACAGUAACGCUGGCUGUCCAGGCACCUGCGUCGACUACGUCAACUCGAACCCGUCGGACUUCUCCAACGCAUACUGGGAUGUGGCUGCAGUCCGCGUCUACACCACUGAGACGAGCUCGUGA